CUUAAAAUUCAAACGGCGAGUGCCAGAAAAUUUAUUUCAAAUUAUAUUUACAAUGAUACUUACAAGUUACAAUUAGUGACAAUAUAUAUAAUAAAAAUGGACGUAAAACUUGUUUCCUUCAUACUUAUACUUACUGUAGUAUUACUGAAAGCAGAAGUAAAUCUCUGGGGUGACUUAGAAUUUUUUCGAAAAGCAAUACUUAACAAUCUGUUUCCUAAGGAUCCUGAUAUAAUGAGAGUAAGGAAGCCAGAAGAUGUUAAAAUAGAACAGAACAAUGUAACCAUAUUGAAUUUCAUCGGUUUAGUAGAGAAAUAUGGUUAUUCCGCUGAGGAGCAUUACGUCACAACAAAAGAUGGUUAUAACUUGGUAAUACACAGAAUAUUUGAAAGUCCUUUAUCUAAGAAUCGACAGAGAAAAAAAGUUGUUUUUCUUCAACAUGGUAUCUUGUGCACAUCGGACUCUUGGGUGACCUUUGGUGGUGGCAAUAUUCUUCCAUUUUUAUUAGCUGAUGAAGGAAAUGAUGUAUGGCUUGGAAAUGUCAGAGGAAAUUCUUAUUGCAGAUCACAUAUAAAAAUGUCUCCACGUAAUAAGGACUUUUGGCAAUUUAGUUUCACGGCUUGUCAAGUACACAUCUCCAUUUCGUGCGCUGCGAGCGCAUAACGUUGCGUGCAUUGAUUAGUCAAAAGACCGACGCGACUGAUUGGUUAAUAAGGAAAAAGGAAGGGAUUUUCGCGUCGGAUUCCAGGAAGUCAGUGGGACAGUCUUUGUUAAACUUCUGGCUAGUUCGUCUCGUAAGAGAAAUAAAGUUUUUCUUAAAAACAAAA